GUGUUAGUCUUACGUCACUGGUUAAACAUGGCAAGUUUCAUUUUAGAAACAGCCUUAGAUUUUAUUAGAGGAUGGAGCUUUUCGACAUUUUUUCUUGCUUCAUUUAUAUUCUUGUUUCUUCGUUGGAUGGUUACUCGUAUUAGAAAUUUUCCUCCAGGCCCAAUUGGUCUUCCUGUUGUGGGUUAUUUGCCAUUUUUAAAAGGCAAACAGACGUAUCUUCAUAUAACAGAUCUUGGCAAAAAAUACGGAAAUGUUUUCAGUCUUCGUCUUGGCAGCAGAUAUGUUGUGGUCCUUAACGACUUUAAAGCUGUGAAAGAAGCUUUAAGUAAGGAUGCUUUCCUUGGACGUCCUCCAGACAUACAAUUCCGUACCUCAGAAAUCACUAGUGUGGCAGUUUCCAACGGCAUUGCAUGGAAAGAACAACGCCGUUUCUCACUACACGCAUUAAGAGAUCUUGGAUUUGGAAAAACAAAAAUGGAAGAUCAUAUCAAGGAAGAAGUUAAUGUUAUUCUGGAACAAUUAGCUGCCUGUAAGGGUAAGCCAGAGGACCUACGUAGGCUGCUUGUUCCCAGUGUGUCCAACAAUAUUUCUGCUCUUGUAUUCGGGAGAAGAUUUGACUACAACGACCCAAAGAGACAGUUCCUUGAUGAACGACUUCGAGAAGCCCUUGAAUCUUUUCAGCAAUUCAGUCUAUACACUUUCUUUCCAUGGUUAAAACACAUCGUGCUGAAGUUGAGACCUGGAAUCUACAAAAAAUUCUUGACAAGUAUUGAAAAACUACAGGAAUUUAUUAAUGACGAAAUCAAAACUCACGAAGAAACGUUAGAUGAAAACAAUAUCCGUGAUUUCAUUGAUGCAUUUUUGUUGGAGAUGAAGAAACGCCAAAACAAAAACGACACUUCAGAAACUUUUAACAUGGAAACGUUAGUAGGAACUGUGCAGGCACUGUUCGGUGCAGGAAGUGGAACUGUUCUUGCAACUGUUCACUGGCUACUUCUGACAAUGGCAGUUUACAGGAAUGUUCAGGAACGUGUUCAAAAAGAAAUAGAUAAUGUUAUUGGACGAGAAAGACCUCCUUCUUGGUCUGAUCAUACCAAUCUUCCGGUUACUCGGGCUGCUUUAAUGGAGGUUUAUAGAUGGCAAACUGUGGCGCCUCUCAGUAUUUUGAGAUACACAUUAGAAGAUACCACUGUGCAAGGGUACAAUAUCCCUGAAGGGACUUACGUGAUGACAAACAUAUGGGCUGUCCACCAUGAUAAAGCCUAUUGGAAAGAUCGUGAGUUAUUUUGUCCAGAUCGAUUUCUUAACCAAGAUGGAACUUAUGUGGAGAAACCAGAAUAUUAUAUACCGUUCUCGUUAGGAAAACGUAAUUGUCUUGGAGAGACUUUAGCUGAAGUUGAAGUGUUUCUAUACUUUACCUCAAUACUUCAACGUUUCACAAUUGCAUUGCCAGAAGGUGUUAAGCCUAACUUUGAUGCUACUUUUCAACUAACUUUGGAACCGGAACAUAACGAUUUUUGUUUUUUUCCCAGACAGUAGUUGUCGAUUUUUUAAAUAGUUGUAUUUUAGAACACUUUGUAGUCAUAAAAUUAAUUGAAGUAUAUUUAGGAGUUUUACUUGGAAAUGAUUUAUAAGUGCUUUGGAUGAUAAUAUUAUUAUACCCUACUAACAUAAGUUAACCCUAUAAUUUCAUAGUAUAAUUUUGAAUGGUGUUUGUCGUUAUUGUCGCCUAUUUUGUUUUCAAAUUUUACUGAUACAUUUAUAGCUUUGUUAGAGCAUAUUUUUGAAAGAAAUUAAUAUUGUUGUACUACUACACAGAUUUGGAAUUAACUAUCUUAGAUGUUUUACUGCGUUAAUCAUUUGCAUCGGAACUGUUUGCAGUCAACUCAAGUCACGUAAAAAAAUAAAGUUUCUAUUAUUAUUAAAUUAAAAAACAAACAAACUACAAUUCGUUCACUUUUUGAAUAUUUCUUAAGAAGUGUGUACUACUUAAAUAUCAUCCACGUAUUGUAGUAUAAAAUAAAUAUUUAUCUUUUGAUUCUCCAGACAAAACGAAUAUGUAUUUAUGUGAAUAAUUCUUAAUCUUUCACAAGAAUUACUGAUUUUUUGAUAGUAUACUAGUUCUAUUUCUAAUUUUCAGUACUUUCACUGUGUGUUAUAAUCCUUAUAUCUAAAUUUUAAUCCUGGUUUCGUUACUCUAAGAAAUAUUGAUCAUUAUAACAGAGUGAAUAAAAAAAAUAAAGAGUUUUGUUUCAGUGAGAGUUGUAGUUUUAGUUUAAGUUGUAGAGCAAUCUAAUAAAAGUGAGAUGUUGUCACUUUAUUUUUGUCACAAAAACAAUAUGUGUUGAAUUUCUACAGUUCUGAUACCCAGUUUGACAAAGGGAAAUGGUAAUGACAUAAUAUUUUCCGAUUUAAAGGCCUUCACAACAUAAAAGUUGUAAUUACUUAAUUUCUGUUAUGGAUUAAAGGUAAAUAUGAUUAUUUAAUCAUUUUUUUUUUGACGAAACAGUUUGACAAGAUGGCGAAGUUAUUUCUUAUACUAGAUUUUUUAUUUCGUCGUUAACAAGUUUUUUAAGUUGAAAUUAGUCAGAGUUCUUUAGCUAUUUUUAGUAAUCUCGAUGACGAACGUUCGUUUGAUUUUAUCAACUUGUAGGGUCGUCAGAAAUCGAAUAUGUUAAUUGAUCAGAUUUUUUUCUUUUAAAUAUUGGACUUUGUUAAUGUAAGUUAGUGCAACAUGAAUUAUUAAUAAGAUACUUUUUACUUUAAUAAUGUUGUUUGUAUGCUUGCUUAUUAUACGCAUCACUGCUUCAUUCACUACAUAAUUUUGUUUAAAUUGUUUUGUAACACUACAUUAGAUGCCGUGUGUAAUGAAAAACCUGUCAUACAGUUAAUAUAAAAAUUGAUUUAUUUUGUGUAGAACCGUAGCCAUUAGUUUAAUGUCGAAAUUUAUAAAAUGAUCACACACAUCAUGAAUUCAAUAAUAGAAAAAUAUAAAUAGGGAUGUUCAAUGUGUUUCAAAUAAAAACGUACUGUAAAGAAUUCAGA